CGUCCGUGUCGUCAGAAUUUAGCUAUGGUGGGGCUCUCGCUAGGGGAGCAAACAUUUAUAAAAGGUGGGAUUUAUCAGGAUUUACGUACUGAUGGUAGGAAAAGACUAACGUACUCGCCCAUUUUUGUUGAAACUGGUAUCAUUCCUCAGGCAAGUGGCUCAGCAAGAGUGAAGCUGGGGGCAACAGAUGUUAUUGCCAGUGCUGAGCUUGGAAAGCCAAAUCCGUCGUAUCCCGACAAAGGAAAAGUUUCCAUACAUGUUGACUGCAGUCCGACUGCUGAACCAUCUUUUGAGGUUUAUGAAAUGUCAUUUCUUUCUAACGUGUGAAUGGGUUUGUGUGCUGGUUUGUUAGACCAUCCACAAUAGGCGCCCAGCGACCGCCCA